AUGGCCAAUUUGACACAGGCUGAGCCUUUGAAAGGUUCAAGCGACAACAAUGGCGUUCCCGGAGAAGCAUCGGCAUCGAUUAUUCCCGAUGGACGAAGUACCAGUCCUGCAGACGCGGGUCAAGCCGAAGACCGUCACGAUGAAGCCGGCGAAAAACAAAAUGAAUCGCCCCAGCAAUCGGUCUCCUUAGCCAAUUACUUUAGAAUUCUAUCCUACACCAACAGAAAAGACCGCAUGGUGCUUGCCCUGGGAGUCCUCAGCUCAAUCGGUUCGGGAGUGCCUCUACCUAUAAUGAAUAUUGUAUUCGGCGGCCUGGUGGGGGAAUUUACGGAAUAUUUCACGCCGGGCAGCUCGGCGUCAGAGAGCGAUUUUAAGUCCUCAGUGAGCCAGCUGAGCUUGUACAUUGUAUACUUGUUCAUCGCCAAAUUUGGUCUAACGUAUUUCGCAAUGCUCUGUUUCCGCAUCACGGGCCUUCGCGUAUCGGCUUCGCUGCGUCUAGAAUACAUGGAAUCUCUGUUCUCGCAACCGAUCAGCAAAGUCGACCAACUGUCCGUGGGAAGCGUCACGAACACCAUCACCACGCUCUCCAACAGCAUCCAACAAAGUGUCGCCGACAAGCUAGCCAUCCUCAUCCAGUCGCUCACUCUACUACUCACGGCCUACAUCAUCGCUUUCACCUACUCGUGGGCCUUGACUCUCGUCACCAGUGCAUCGCUGCUAUUUAUCCUCAUUGCCAUCAGCCUGAUCCUUCCACUCAUCACAAAAACCCAACAACAGGUCGACAAAGCGGAUGAGAAACACUCGUCGAUCUCCGGAGAAGUGCUGAGUUCCAUCCGAACGGUCUGCUCGCUAGGCGCGGAGGGUACCUUGUCGGCCAAGUACGGUGCCUGGGUCCGGGAGUCGCGUGUGUGCGGCCAACGCAUGGCUGUCUUUUUGGGGAUCAACUUGACGUGUAUAUUUUUCGCCAUGUACUGCAGCUACUCGUUGGCUUUUUGGUUCGGAUUGAAACUGUUCCGCGAGGGGCAUAUUGCGAAAAUCAACACCGUGAUCAUCGUCUUCUUCUCCAUCAUGCUCGUGGUCAGCAUUCUCGGAUCGAUCGCAUCGCCACUGAUGAUCAUUACCAAGGCCGUCAGCGCAUCCGCCUCCUUUUUCGAGAUCAUGGACGCCCAGAAAGUAGACACUUCGGGUCUGCGUGAAACGGAGGCCUCGGCUCAGGUGGAUAUUGUUUUCCGAGAUGCGCAUUUCUCUUACCCUGCGCGGUCUGAAGUUCCAGUCCUGAAAGGUCUAAACACCCGUUUCGAACAAGGCAAGACAACGGCGCUAGUCGGACCCUCGGGAUCGGGAAAGAGUACGAUUGUCGCGUUGAUCGAACGGUGGUACCAGUUAGAUACGGAUGACGAGCAACAAGGGUCGAUUUUGGUCGGUAAUCAUAACAUUAACAGUCUCGACUUGAAAUGGUGGCGUUCGCAAAUUGGCCUCGUGCAGCAGGAGCCGUUCUUGUUCAAUAACAGCAUUUUCGAGAAUGUCGCGUUCGGUCUUAUCGGUACGAAAUGGGAACAUGAGUCGGAGGAAGUGAAAAAACAGCUUGUGGAAGAGGCGUGUCGGGAAGCAUUUGCUGAAGAAUUCAUCCUCCGUUUACCAGAGGGCUAUGAUACGGAGGUUGGAGAGAGUGGCAUCAAACUCAGUGGCGGUCAGCGCCAGCGUUUGGCGAUCGCACGAAGCAUCAUCAAACAACCCACUAUUUUGAUCCUGGACGAGGCAACAAGUGCGAUCGACGUGCGUGGCGAAAGAAUCGUGCAAGCUGCUCUCGAGAGAGUUUCCCAGAACCGAACGACGAUCGUCAUCGCUCAUAGACUCUCCACCGUCCAGCAGGCCGAUCAUAUCGUGGUCAUGAAGGCCGGCCUCAGUGUUGAACAGGGCACUCACGAGGAACUUCUGGCAAUUAAAAAUGGCGUUUACAGCGGUCUCGUGAACGCGCAGCAACUCGAACUCGCAACGGAGGCGGAUACGGACUCAACGGAAAGUUUGCACGAGCUGAAAGAAGAAGCCACCGCUAGAACCAUGUCCGUGCAUGAAGAUGAGCGUAAAGAGGUCGGCUCAGACAAGACAAAGACCAAGGGCUUCUUUGGGACCGUUGGUUUGAUGCUUUGGGAACAGCGUGCCCUCUGGCCAUUUUACAGCCUGACUUUGAUCGCCUGCAUGGGGGCUGGAGGUGCAUACGCCCUCCAAAGCUGGCUCUUUGCCAAGUUGAUCGAGGUGUUUCAAUUUCGGGGCCAGAAACUGGCCGAUGCUGCUAACUUUUGGGCCUUGAUGUUUUUCAUUCUCGCUCUUGCCAUUGGCGUUUUCUACUUUUUCCUUGGUUAUGCUUCCCAUAUGUGCUCUAUGAAAGUCUGCGCAACCUACCGGAUGGAAUAUUUCCAGAACACCCUACAAAAGCCGAUGUCGUUCUACGACUUGGAUGAGAACGCCUCUGGAUCUCUCAUGGGCAGACUCACCACCGAUCCCAAGCAGCUGCAAGAAAUCUUCGGCAUGAACGGCGCUUUGCCCUUAGUGUCUAUCUUCAACAUUAUCGGUUGCAUUGCCAUUGCGUUCUCAUUCGGUUGGAAACUGAGUCUCGUGACGGUCUUUGCCGCCUUGCCAGUCAUUUUCUUUGCUGCCUACAUGCGCAUUCGGUUUGAGGUACAGUUUGAAGCGAUGAAUGCGAAGGUUUAUAAUGGUAGUUCGCAGUUCGCGGCGGAGGCAAUCGGGGCAUUUCGAACCGUCUCUUCAUUGACGAUGGAAGAUACUAUUCUUGGUCGGUACGCCGAUCUUCUGCGAGAUCAGCAGAAAAAGGCCAUCAAUAAGGCUUGGUAUGCGACGUUGGUCUUUGCUUUCUCGGAUAGUAUCGAGCUUUGCGCGAUGGCACUCACGUUUUGGUACGGCGGCCAACUUCUCGCGUCCAGAGAAUACGAACCGACUAGCUUCUUCGUCAUCUACAUGGGCAUCGUCCAGAGCGGUCAACAAGCAGGUCAAUUCUUCAGUUACGGGUCGAAUUUCGCGCACGGCAUCGCAUCCGCAAACCGCAUCUUAAAAUCCCGCCUAGGCAUCCACCCCCAGAACCAAUCCCCCGACGAAAAGCAAACCACGGGCCUAAACAAUGACAUCGGAGCAAGCAUCGAGCUACGCAACGUCGCAUUCAAGUAUCCGACGCGCGACACGCCCCUCUUCACCGGCUUAAACGUCGACAUCAAGAGCGGCCAAUUCGUCGCCUUCGUAGGCCCGUCCGGCUGCGGCAAAACAAGCGUCAUAUCCCUCUUAGAAAGAUUCUACGAUCCCAUUCGAGGUACUAUCCUCAUAAACGGCCACGACAUCUCAUCCAUCGACCUAGCAUCCUACCGUCGCGCACUAUCCCUCGUAGCGCAAGAGCCUAAACUCUUCGAGGGCAGUAUCCGCGAGAAUAUCACACUCGGCCUUAAGGACUCCGAUUUCACGGACGACGAAAUCGCCCAGGUCUGCAAAGACGCUGAAAUCCACGACUUCAUCACCUCCCUUCCACGAAGCUAUUCCACCGAUCUCGGCGUCAAGGCACAGGCAUCUAUGAGUGGCGGACAGCGCCAGCGACUCUGUAUCGCGCGCGCGUUAUUGCGUAAACCGACUCUUCUGCUUCUCGACGAGGCAACGUCGAGUCUAGACUCGCAGUCCGAGAAGACUGUGCAGGCGGCGAUUGAGAAUCUAGCCGGGAAAAAGAAUAUGACGAUUGUGGCUGUCGCGCACCGGCUUGCCACGAUUCAAAAGGCUGAUACUAUUUUUGUUUUCGGGGAGGGUCAGCCGGGGAGGGGAUCUGGGGUUGUUGAGUAUGGGACGCAUCAGGAGUUGCUUCGUAGGAGGGGGGUUUAUUGGCAGAUGUGUCAGGAACAAGCUUUGGGUCGAUAA